AUGAUAGCUGGACCACCUAAGAAACGUUCUGUUCAGCAGGCGAGCUACACAGCACCCCUGACCACCACGCCCACUCCAAGACCUGACAAAGUGGGACAACAGUGGACCACGCCCACUCAAAGACCUGACAAAGUGGGACAACAGUGGACCACGUCCACUCAAAAACCUGACAAAGUGGGACAACAGUGGACAGCGCCCACUCAAAGACCCGACAAAGUGGGACAACAGUGGCAUCAGUCUCAGCAGAGAGAAAGGCAGGAACCGCAUCAUUUUAAACAAAAUUAUCCUCAUGAAAACAGAUACAAUGGAAGAACUGCAUCUGUAAAUGUUGCUGCUACCUGUCGACCGCAACAUGUUCCGGUCCUUCGUCCUCAUGAGCAACAAACUCAUUAUAGGACAGGCGUGGUAAAUAGUGGCAACACAAAUCAGCCUCAACAUGUGCAACCUACUCGCCCACAUGGGUACCAAACUGAGACAAGGACUUACACUAUGCAUGGGAACAGCUUUCCCCAGCAACAGAGGGUGCAUCCUACUCAUCCACAUACCAGAACUGAGUCUAUGAGCACAGCUGCUUCUCACAAACCUCAACAUGCACAGCAACAUCAGCAGAGAGUUGUGCGCAAAGAGCCGCAGGUGAAGCCCAUCAACAGGUAUGCCCCACCUGAUUACAUGACAAUAAUGUAUCACCCGACUCCGACACUAGAGGACCUCGGGUUAACCAGUUAUCUGGAUAGUCCUCCCUCAUCACCCAGAGCUAGGUCACCAGCUCGGGAGACAGAAAUGGCUGAUUCUCCACCAGCGCAGGAGUCACCAAGGAGAGUCUUACCAGCUUGGGAUGCACCAAGGAGUGUCUCACCAGUGCAGGAGUUACCAAGGAGGGUCUCACCAGUGCAGGAGUCACCAAGGAGGGUCUUACCAGCUUGGGAUGCACCAAGGAGUGCCUUACCAGUGCAGGAGUUACCAAGGAGGGUCUUACCAGCUUGGGAUGCACCAAGGAGUGCCUUGCCAGUGUGGGAGUUACCAAGGAGUGCCUCGCCAGCUCAGGAGACAUCAGUGAGUGACUCCUCAGACUGGAAGUCCCAUACAACUAACUCACAAGCUAGAGAGUUCAAGACUGCUAUAUCAGCAGACAAACAGUCACCAGAGACUGUCUCAGAGGCUAAAAAGUCCACACUGAAUGUGACCAAUCAGAUGAGUGAGAGACACCAGACAAUCUCAAACACUCAGAUGAAUCAACAUUUGGCAACAAAUGUUGAACCUCAAAUAUAUGUCCCGAGCUCUGCCCCAAGAGGCUGGUACCCACCCAUCAAGCUGUCAUUACCAGAACCUGCAUCAACUGAGUCUGUAAUUAAAUCUAGAUCUGCUUCAUACGCUGUGCCUAAUUCAAAGUCAGUCAAAACCCCUGAUGUUAACUCCACAAAUAGCAAAGGACCAGGGUCUGGCUCUACAUUGGCUGAGAAACAAGAGAAACGGGCAUGUAAUUGGACACUGAUUGCUGAACAGUACUCGACAGAAAGUCGUAAUUCUGUGAAUCAGGAGCAUAGGCGUGACGCAUUGUACAGACUCUACAACAAAGAUGAGCGUCAACAGACGCAUACCACUAAGCGUCAUCAGGAUCACGCUAGUCUACCACACAGCAAACAGACAUUUGAUCAGAUUCUGGCUGAGCAAAUAGCUAGACAAGCUGAACUCAAAAGCAAUAAUAAUAAUAGCCAAGCUUUUCAAACUGGCACCAACCCUAGCGAGAAAAGAAACACUUGCCAAAAAAUGACAAAGACUAGUACUAUUGUUUCCAUUGUCAACAUGGACGACCUGUUUGGUGGCGUGUCACCUUACAGCUGCUGGAAUCAGUCUGCAUCGGAAGACCCGAGGUUUUCAUAACUUCCGGCUUCUGCGUACAUUACUGCUGUGUUAUGACAUACACGUAAUAAUAACUCCAUGAGGAACUGUUCUAUCCCUUGAUGAGAGAAAAAUCUGUGACAUUUUCAGAGACUUUUACUACCAUGUCUUUCAUUGCAUUGCAUGUGAUAAUGACGUAUUGGAUUAUUUUUUCAUGGCAAUAACUUUUAUCUUGUAUAUUUCUUUUUUAAAUUAUUUUCUUUUUUUUUUAAAGACUUUAUAUUUUCUAUGGCUUAUGACAUAUUGGAUACUU